AAGAAGGCUGAGCACUUCCGCUGGGAGUCAGACACUCCCCUUACUACACCUGUUAGACUGGGAGGAUCAGGAGGGAGGGGGAGAGUCGGUAGAAAAUCCUGCUGCAGCUGAAGGGAAGGGUUUGUUUCUGUACUAAGAGAGUCUGAGUAUUUACUGGCAGUGCCCGGCGGAGAGAGGGGAAUCUGCUAAUAUGAGUGUGUCUGGGAAACAGCUGAGCAGCAGUUCACAGGGUCUGUCUCCAAUUGUGCAGUUAAAUAUUGGUGGAGAGAUCUACACAACAACACUAAACACUUUGAAGAAAUGCACAGGAUCCAAGCUCUUUGACUUGUUCAGUGGGCAGCCAAAACUUCGAACUGACUCCGAGGGCAGGUUUUUCAUUGACAGAGAUGGGAAAUACUUCAGAUACAUCCUGGAAUACCUAAGGACCAACCAGGUUCCCACUGAGUGUGUCAAGGAGGUGUACAAAGAGGCUCUGUUCUACGACAUUGAGCGCCUAGUGAAAAUACUGGAGGAGUCUCCAGUGAUCUUUGGAGAGAUUGUUGGAAGGAAGCAGUUCUUGGCUCGUGUGCCCAACUACAGCGAGAACAUUGAAGUGAUGAUCCGUAUUGCCAGGGCCGAAGUGGUGGCAUCGCGUUACUCCAAUGUCAUAGUUUGUGUUGCAAGGACGGAGGAUGAUGUAGGCAAGUGCCAUGAUGCUUUCAACUCAUUGCAUUUGGACAAGGAAUCUGUAGUAAAAUUUGGGCCUUGGAAAGCCUCACCAGGGAUCUCUGAUCUGAUGGACUGUAUCAAAGCAGACAUUGAGCAGAAAGGAUACAAUGUCACAUACAUGACUUACGUAGCAGACAAAGGAUUCCUUACCAAGUCCUAUGACUAUUUCUACAAAUUUGUUUUCACAUGGUGGUAACAAAAAUAAUACAUGCCCAUCUACAUAUCUGGGCCAGAUUGAGUUCUCUUUGCCUUUAGCAAAAAACUAACCAAAUUCAAACUUUGUGCUCCAUUUUAAUCCAAAUGAAGAUAUGCAUUAUGUAUAUGUAUAUAUAUAUAUAUAUAU